GUCAGAUGUAUUUGUCACUUCUCAACCAGCAGCAGGACUGCAAUCUCGGUCCGCACCUGAAAUCCUGCACAUUCUGUCUUGGCGAUAACAUUUUUCACAAAACGUGCAACGACCACGUGCUGGCAGGAUGAGCAUCGGUCCGUACAUUAUAUUUCUUCCGGACAUCGCCCUGGAAAAGAUAUUUUCAUUUUUAUCCUACGAUGAGAUCGCCCGAAAUAGAGAGGUUUGCACCAAAUUCAAUGAUGUCGGAAGUAAUCUCCUAUCACGAGGAUUCCUGCAGAUUGAACGCCGCCAUGCGGCCAUUUACAAACGCGUCAAGUCACUGCUGCCUCGUCGUGAGUCCGAACGGCGUGCGCAUCCCUUAUUCAGACAUUGCGAUAUACUCUCCGCAGUGGAUACCAGGAUAAGCAUGCUGAAUAUGACUUAUUCGAAAUACAUUCAGAAUGAGAUGUGUUGCUUCAUACCAGGCAAAGUAUUGGAUGAAUUAGAACGUGUGUUAAACGUUGUUGAAAAACCCACCUCUCCACCAAGAGCCAAUGAAAUAUUACAAGAAUUGCGAGAUAUCAGUAGCAUGGCAAUGGAAUACUUCGAUGAGAAAAUUUUGCCAGUUAUUAAAGGACCAGUAACACCAACAACCUCAUCGUAUACAACGCCUGCGACAGCUACCAAAGCACCGAAAGUAUUCUAUAUUCAAUCUGCGUUACAAGAUGAGAACAAAAAACUUGUUAAAAUUAACAAACGCCAGUGUGCACAUAAUAUGAAACUGAGCAAAGAUGUACAAAAAAUGUAUAAGCGUAUAGAGAGACAAAAGAAUCGAAUCAAGGUACAAUCUGCGAUUAUACGUGAUAAUGUGACCAAAAUGCAACAACAGGAGACUAGAGCCAAUGAACAGGCCGCAGCAAUUGCAGCACUACAGAAACACGUCGCUGAAUGGGAUAAGAAAUUGGCCACACUCAAAGCUGAAGUUGUGAGUUCACGCGAAGAUAUUGUCAAAGCCAUCUUUCCAUUGCCCGCAGAGAUUAAUCAAAAUAAUCCACCGGCUCAAACGCACAAGACGGUAAUUCGUCCGCGUGUCGCGCAAGUUCAGACUCCGAACACAUACAUUUCUGAAUUGGAGCGCAAGCGUAAGGCCAGUAUGGACGUUGACAUACCAAACAAGUUGCGCUUUAUUAUGAAGCAGGACUCGAAUGCGUUGACUCUUAAGGAGCAGGUAUCGAACAAGAUUGAUGAAAAUAUCACACAGAAUAUUUCGAAAAAUAUUCUCGACGACGUGGAGGACACGUCGAAGAAGAAAUACGACUUUACCUCUCUGCUUAGCUCAUCGAUGGACGCCAUUAUCAGAAACUCAAUCGGGAAUAUUAAACCUCGUAAGCGGCGAUACACUAGUGAUGGGACCGAGGCUGACGUAUUGGUAAAUUUGCAUUGAUUACUCAUGAAGCGAAGAGUGCAUGCAUGAUUCUCAUUAUAAAUAUAAAUAAGUAAAAUUAGUGCUUUUACGGAAGCAUAUCUGGAUCUAUAUAUGCGGGGACCUUUAUAAUUAUAUGAAAGUAAGAUAUUUAUGAUUAGUUUAACAUGUAGGUGACGUUUUUUGAUGAAAUGAUAGCGUAUAGAUUAUUUUUGUGUAUUGCUUUUUGACGUGUUUUUUAUUCUAGUGGAUAGAAUAUUUAUAAGAAUUUACUCAUACGAAUUCUUAGUAAGUGUAAAAGAAAAGAUUGUGUUCAUUGGCUACGAUUUGUGUUGCAAUAUUAAUAUCCAAUUUAGACUAUUGACUGAACUAUUAAUAUUGAUAUUUUAUUGAUUGAGAAUUAACGUGUAUUCACUUAUUUCAUUUUACAAAUAUAUUACUUUGGUAUAUUACAUUCAAA